AUGCCUCCAUUCGUCUUCACAGCCUCAAAAACAGCCCUUAUCACCGGAAGCGCAUCAGGCAUCGGCCUCGCCGUCGCCCAAAAAUGCCUCGACCACGGCAUGAAGGCCCUCAUCGUCGACAACAACGACGGCUUCCUGGCCUUGGCACAAUGUAGCUUGGGAGAAGACAAGGUCUUAACCGCCAAAGCAGACGUCAGCAAUCUCAAGGACUGGGCUCAUCUCAAGAAACGUGUCGACAGCGAUUUUCAGGGCCGUAUCGACUUCCUCUUCCCCAACGCCGGGAUCCAGCCUUCUUCCGCGUGGGACGACCCCUCGACCUUUCAAACAAUCUUCAACGUAAACCUCUUUGGCGUGAUCAAUGGCAUUUCAACCUUUAAAUCCGCCGUCUCAUCAUCAUCAUCAUCAUUAUCACCACCCUCCUCCUCCACCGCCAUCGUAAUCACCGGCUCAAAACCAGGCAUCACAAACCCACCCGGCAACCCAGCCUACAACGCCAGCAAAUCCGCCGUCAAAACCAUCGCCAGACACCUCUUCUACGACCUCCGCGACUCUUCUCCCAACACCAGCGUUUUUCGUCUCGUGCCCGGAUGGACGUUUACAAGUCUCGGACGCAGCGAAGAGAAACGCACGUCAGCAGAGAAGCCUGCUGCUGCGUGGACUCCGGAGCAAGUCGCCGACUACUUGGAGGCCAAGAUGGCAAAAGACGAGUUCUACGUGAUUUGCCCCGAUAACGAGGUGACGGAGGAGAUGGACGCCAAGAGAAUGCUUUGGGCUGUGGAGGAUGUUGUUCAGCGGCGGUCGGCGCUGAGUCGGUGGAGGAAGGAAUGCAAGGAGGGAUUUGAGGCGUGA